AUGGCGGACAAGCUCCGCACACAACAAGAGCUCGAGCGCCUCCAGGCCAAGUUCAUUGGCACUGGCCACCCUGAUACGACCAGUUGGGAAUGGAAGACGAACAUCCACCGUGACACCUACGCCAGCAUUGUAGGACACCCUCCGAUGCUAGCAUAUACCGCUCUUGCGCAGAAUGAGCCCAUGGCAAAAAUUCGCGCGCAGCUGAUCCGCAAAAUGGUUCAGCCAGCAGGACCGCCGCCGCCCCGCGAGGGUGAAGAGCCUCGAGCGAUACGACAGGAGGAGGGAGCAUGA